AUGGUAGAAAGUAUUGUUUCUCUUAAGGUGGGUAAUAUGAAGAUAGAUCAGGUAGAAUUAUUGAAAGAAAAAACUGUCAAGAUAUAGAAUCUGCAUACUGAAUUUGAAAUUGAAGGGUGCGCUUUUUUUAUAAAAAAUUAAAAUAACAAACCAAGUAAGUUAGUUUGUUAAGGUUUAGAAAGAUUCGCAUUGAGGAAUUUCAAUUUUUGCACUUUCUAACAAAAGAAGAAUGCUAUCUUAAAAAUUAUCGAUUUGGAAAACGAAAUUUAUAAAUAAUAGUCAUUAUUCUUAAGAGAAAUUAUUUAUAUUUAUUUUAAUUUGUAAUCAAUUCUUAUCAGGAUCCGUUCUCCACGGAAUUCUCAAGUGUUCCUAAACUGGAAGGGGACCCCAGCUAUUGCCAUGCCAGGGAACUCUGAAAACUCUUCAAACAUGGCCAGAAGGGAUAUGAAGCCUAGGGAACUUGAGA